CCCCUCCAUCAAUAUACGAAUUCUCUCUCUCCCUCUCUAUCACACACACACACACACGCACACACACACACACGCACACAUACGCACGAAUACGCGUAGAGCUAUAAGCGCCUCUGAGAGGAUCGCCCGGUGAAGUACACAACAUGUGAGGCGGAGGACGAGUGAUCUGCUGCGGGAGGCUGACGGGAGGUGCGGGAGGGGGCCGAAGCUGCACCUUGCGGGGAAAGAGACAUGCUCGCCGCAUCCGAUCCACCAAACGGCGAGGCGGCUGUGGUGAUCUUGAAUUACACUGAACGGAGAGCAUUGCUGUUCCUUUAAGAUGACACGAACGCAUGCCCCUGAUAUACUGGCAUCAACUCUAUAUGGUGACUUUCCUCUAAAUCCCCUCAGCGACCACUCCAUUUCUCUCCACUCUUCCCGCCAAUGUGACUUGAAAAUGAUAGACAAACCAGAAAUCGUCAACAAAAGACACUGCCGUAGCUUCGACUUCAUCGAGUCACUGGAUGAACCGCAGUCCCUCGCUUCCUCGAUGGAGUACCCUUAUAAGAGGGUGGAGCAACAGACAUUAAACAAAGAUCUAAUGCGGAAUGGACUAGAUCAACCUGGGCACCUUCGCUUUUCAUCUCCCGAUCUGUUCAACACCAGACAGUUGCAGCAGCACACCACGCAGGAUAAAACCAGUCAUCUUACAUGGUCAGACUCUAAAAAGAGAACAAGAUCUAGAAGCGCUCCAAGAUUUAAAUCCACCCUUACUGCUGUGCCCAUCUCCGUGUCCCCUCUGGGAGCCGGAAAGGGGAGGGACGGAGUUCAGACUGCGUCAGAUACCUUCAGGACUUCUGAAACACACGGAGAAUCCUACUCCUCGAACAAGGCUUUUUUGAAUGAGGUGCAUCCUAUCAAACUGCAGCCUCAGACUCCCCUCUAUGUCUCAGACUGUUUUGAGGAGGGUAAACCUGAUAAACCAGCCAUAACCCCUCACGUCAGGUGCCGGGUUGACAUUAAACCAGAUGCUGCUGUACUGCAGCACGCGUCUAGGCAGGUUCCCAAUGUACGAACUGAGAAUCCUUGGCAGCGAUACUCCCAGGCCAGCAGCAGUAGAGGUUUGUAUGUACCUCGACAGAUUGUGUCCUCACCAACGCCCACUGCAAGCGAGUGCUACAGUGGAGAUUUUAGACAAGGAUAUCACUAUACCACCAGCAUGUCUCCUAUCUCAUACCAGCAUGUAGACACGCACAGAAUGCCUUCACCAACAGCACCAUAUCUCAGUCAAGAUCAAAGAGCUUACUCAAAUCCUAACAUACCUACCAAGUUUUUCUAUACAGAGGACCCAAUUCGGUACCAAGUCCAUCCCUAUUCUAGAACAUACUUUCAGGAUGACAGGUCCAGUCUCACCAGCCAUGGCAGUACAAUGAAUAGUCAGUACGAUCCAAGGACUCGAUGGGUGCACACCCUUCCCGUCAGGUCGUAUUACACAGAAAAUGUUUCCAACAGAGAGCCAGCACACUCGGUGUAUAGUAGGCCUUACUCCACCAGUGAAUCGGGAUCAUACUUUUCUCAAACUCCACUGUCUAGACCUUACUACAGAGAGGACAACCAGUCCAAUCCAUACUAUAUGAGUAACUCAAGGCUGUUUUAUUCCAAACCAUGCUCUCCUGAGGAGCAAUACUUUCCAUCAAGGCCAUACCAUACGGAGGGUCGUCGACGCCCUCGAAUGUCGCAGGCCUUUUCAGAUGACUGGUAUCGCUCAAGUAUAUCUGGUUACUCUAACCAGUCUUCUCAGCACACACCACCAAGAGUAAAUCAAGACCCCAGUUUACCCCCAUGGUUUACUAACAGCUGUUUGGAAACAGGUAGAUUAGGAGCAGAGGUCAGAAACCACUCAAAGUCAUGGGACAAUAUUCUACAUCCACGGUACGAAAGACAGCAAUCGGUGCCUCGUGGUCGAAGCUAUGAGAACCUGUUUCACCAAGCAAAGCAUGCAGCACCCUCUGACAUACAGAGUCAACCUGUCAUACUUAACCUAUCAAGUUCACCGAGACGCUACGCUGCCCUUUCGCUCUCGGAAAGCUCAUUAGAGAGGGGCUCAAGCAAUCCGUGGGGAAAUACCAAGAGUGGGCACUGGUUUGUAACUCCUGAGAUCACCAUAACAGAUAAUGACAUAAAUGCAGGUAACAGCAAGAGGCGCGAUGUCCACUCUGUCAGCUGGGAUCUCGCGGACGGUGAAAAGAUACAAUCUCCAAGAGUAAUGCCUCACAAGCAGUCACAAAAUGCACAGGACAUAACCAAAGAAAGGAAACACAACAACUUCUCCCUUCAGCAGAGUUUGGAGCAACUUGACGAACUCUUAGCUGAUUUGGUCGUUGACUACAAACCACCAACAAGCAGAAAGUCUAGCGUGGACCUUCUAGACCAGCUGAAGAUGCUAAUCACUACAGAUGACAACAAAGACAGAGGAUGCCCGAACAAACAGCUCCCAUCAUCUAAAUCCAGCCCUGACACAAUCAAAGACCCCGAUAGUGGGUUUGAUGCUUUACAAAGAAGUGCAGAAGAAUGUUCUCCAGACCACAGUACAGAUGAUGACGACACUAUGGUGUGUGCCAACAAGAAGUGCAACCGGAUUGAAACCAUGUUCAACGCCUGCUUGUACUUCAAAUCGUGUCACAGUUGCUACACCUUUUACUGCUCACGAAACUGUCGCAGAGAUGACUGGGAGAUCCAUAAGGAGACCUGCCUGUAUGGCCGUGUCAACAGUGUGUGUCGACGUUCUCUUAAGUUCUGCAGAGAGAAUGCAGAGAUCCACAAAGCCUUCUCUCGGGUUGCCAAAGCUGGCUAUCUCUCCAGAGGGAGAGGCGUUCUCUUUCUGGGUUUUGCUAAUCCGGAGACAGCUGACAACUUCCUGCAAGUUGGACUGGAGAGUCUCCUCAUGUCUCCCACAUACUUAUCCCUCAGAGAGCUGGACGGCUUCAAGGACAACCUAGGGGAAUACUGCAAGGAACUGCAGCAGGCAGGUGACGAGUAUGAUCCCGAUGAAUGUUUCCUUCUGAAUGUAUCCGUAGCAGUUGGUGAACUUGUGCCUAACAGACCUUCGCCGAGGGUCCCAGCACCAACAGUUCGAAAAUAUGCAAAGGUGUCCUUGGCCUCCUCAAGCCCUGACAAAAAGGUACUCAGGAAAGAUAGUGAAAUGGAAACUCUCAUCCUCACUCCGCCCCCAGGCACCCCGGACAUUGACAAGGAGGGAGAGGAGGGUAGGAAAGCCAGAGAGGUGUGCUUUGUUAAUAUCCAGCGUGAGCUAAGGACCAGGGGAGUCUUCCUUCGUCAUGAGAACCCCAGAAUCUAUAAUCAGCUGUGUGAGUUUGUGGAGAGCAACAAAAGGUUCACUCCAACUACAAUUUACCCAAUUGAUAAAAGAACAGGGAAACAGUUCAUGUGCAUGAUCAUGGCUGCGUCCGAGCCAAGAACACUGGACUGGGUUCGUACCCCUCAUCUCUUGGAUGAUAUUAUAUAGAACAGCACUAAAUAGUUACCAUAAUGAUGUCAGCUACACAAAAUAUACACACUGUAAAUACAUGGUGUCAUUCAGCAAAUUGAUAUGGAAAUGUGUGUAUGCCCGUGACCAAUCUCUCCUACUGUUAUUUCUGCGUUGACACACACACAAACACUUGUUCACAUAACACUUACAGUAUAUAUUUACACUUUGUUUUUGGCUUGUUUUGAUCCUUUUCCACUCAGACAAGUUAACACCCUGCAUGUAGACUAAGACUAAGUUACCCAGGUGUUGGAAAUGUGAACAUGAAUGAUCUGUGCAGUUUCUGCAGACAAUGUCUGGAUAUUUAUGAAAUAGACAUUGCAUUGUUACAAUAUAAUAGUAGGUUCAGCCAGGUCUCAUGUUGUUACCAUUAUCCAUUAUGGAUUUCUCCAAAAAAUGUUAUAUCAGACAUGUAUAUUAUAACUUGUCAGUGGUUGUAAUAUUACAACUGUUUAUUUGUACUUAAGUAUAAUGUAGUCGUGAGUCGAGUAUAUUUUGAUUUCCAAUGUUAUUAUUGUUUAAUAGACAAAGACAAACAAUCAAACCACCUAUUUGUUUCGGACUUAAUUAAGAAUUUUAAUUGUGAUAACACUUGAUGUCAUUCUUGUAUAAACUGCUUUGUUUAAAAGUGGCCUUUAGUUGGAAGAAAAUGCAUUUGACAGAAAGCAAUGUAUAGGUUUAGCUAUUUCUAAAGGCUUGACAGUUAACUAAGAUUGUUUGAACUACCAUUGUAAAUUAGCUAUUUUGCUCAAAGCAUGUUAUUUAUAUUCAGGUAUUUUAAUAUGGAUAUUGCUUAUAAUUAUAUUUAUCAUUUGAUGCUUAGACAAAAUAUAUGGAUAUAGAUAUCUAUAUAUAUUGAAUAUUAGAUAAUUUGAACAUCAUGACCUUCAGACCUUCUUGUGACUAAUACCACAGUAUGCUUUUAAACAAUAUGCAAUAAAAGAGCAAACUUAAUAUCUAUAUUGUAAAAUCCUAUUUUAUUAUUAAUAUUAAACAAUUGCCUGGAGCCAAGAGCUGUAAAGACCUUGUAUGCACUAAAACAUAAAUUCUAAAAUGAGAAUGUUUCUAACACAACUGCAGCAUUUAACCGGGAUGUGAUGAUAUGCCUGCUUCCAUUGCCAGUGUUAACUAAUGUGUUGAGGUUGCUCUUUUACUUGAUUCUAUAUCUUUGUAAAAUACCUUCCUUAACUUUCUAUUUUGUGAUGUUUAUAACCCAUAUAUAAAUAUAGAAUAAAUGGAAUUCAACAAGUGA